AUGAACGGGACCGAGGAUCUACUGCCGCCUCUCGAGGAGAGUUCAGGACACAUCUUUAGCCUUACCAAGACCAUUCUUAUCAUUUUACUGAUCCUGGUCUUCAUUGAGGGAAUCACGGGAAAUGGGUUUGUUAUUCACGCGACCUUCAGAGUCCAGGUGUUUAGAGUGGACAGGAGCACUGUAGCUUUCAUCAGACAUCUAGCAAUCACGGACCUUCUCUACAUCAUCCUCAACAUCCCACCCCUCGUACUCUUCAUCGUCACUAUGACCCCCGGACCCGGCGUCUUGGAGACCAACCUUAAACUUCAGGAGGCGGUAGACAAGGCCUGCUACGUGUUUGGUAACGCUCACGAUGCCAUGGUCCACUGCAAUGUUAUCUUUAUCCUGGUGAUCUCCAUCAACAGGUUCCUGAGGUGCAUGAAGCCACUCCAGAUCUCCGUGAUGACCUCCCGGCAGGAGGCGUGGUGUUUGGCCGGGUUCUGGGGAGUUGCCCUCGCUCCUUCUCUUGCUAAGAUAUGUCUUCAGGCUGCUACCGUUCUACCAGUCUACCAUUUCGAGUCCCAGACUGCUCGAUGUGAGUUCAGUUUGACCGGAAGUUGGGAAACCUACAAUCUCAUAUCCAUCUGCACUGCUUUCUCCCUUAUCACACUCUGCAAUCUGGGCCUCCUUAUUCUCAGUCUCAACAGACAAUCCAGACUUCUCACCAAACGCAUGCGGAGGAUGAAGCUUCAGGCUUUUCUCAUCACUGGAGGAAUCUCUUGCAUUUUCAUCAUGUCAUGGCUACCAGCUGUCGCGUCGAGUCUGUUGUCAUGGUUACAAUUGCAAACACCGAUGGAGCUAAAGUACGCCACACACCUCUACAUAAUCAACACUUUCUCAAACCCCAUCCUCUACGCUUUUGUGAAUACUGGCUACUUCAAAUUCCUCCAGUUCAAGAUCAAGUUUAUGAAGCUGAAGUUCCAGACCAAGCUGAUAGGAUUAAUGUUGCAGUUAAAGGGCGUCACAGGUUCUGACUCCCAAGCAGACGCCUAA